AUGAGAAUCCUCGAAGCGCGGAAAGCUAUCGGUGCGCUGGGAGGUGAGAAGACCGACGAGGCAAAUGUCGAGAGCAGCGAAAUCAGCAGGAAUGGUGAGGUCGCUCGUAGUACCGAGCAAGAUGCCCUCGACAUGCAGAAGCUGGGUGUGCGACAAGAGACCAAGCUUGGAUGGCAAGCAGCCGCCGCCACAGGCACAUAUCUCGGCGGCCUAAUCAUCCAGUCGAUGGUGGCCCUCAACAACCCAUCAUACACUCCAACACGAUGGCAAGGAACGUUGAUCCUGUAUGCUGUACUUCUGGUGACACUCUUCGUCAACACCGUCCUCGUCCGCAUCUUACCCGGCCUUGAAGGACUAAUCUUAAUUCUCCACGUCGUCGGCUUCUUCGCCAUCAUGAUCCCGGUCGUCUACCUGGCUCCCAUCAGCGACAAUGCGUUCGUCUGGACUGAGUUCAACAACAGCUUCUCCGGCUAUCACAGUGCUGGCCUUUCGUGGUUCAUCGGACAGUCAGCUUCUGCCAUUCUCUUCAUCGGGUACGACGGUGCUUGUCAUAUGGCUGAGGAGGUGCAGAACGCUGCUGUCAAUGUAAGAGAGAACAUAAUCAAAGAUCAUCUGAACGUUGCUGACCGGUUUCUCUAUCAGGUCCCACGAGCAAUGUUCUUCACCAUCUUCAUAAAUGGCGCCAUGGGCUUUGCAACCUACAUCUUCAUGCUCUACAGCUUCGGCAACCCCGUCGCCGCCCUCACCUCCCCUUACGGCCUCCCCUUCAUCGAGAUCUUCUACAACGCCACGCAAUCCAAAGCCGGCACGACCGCCAUGAUCUCCCUCCUCGUCGCAAUGUACAUCUUCGCGACCUUUGGCUUCGUCGCCUCCGCCUCCCGUCAAGCCUGGGCCUUUUCGCGGGACAACGGACUGCCGCUGUCACGUCUGUGGAGACGAGUAGACUCCCGCUGGGCCAUACCGACCUACACAAUCUUCCUCACCGGCCUGAUCAACGCCCUACUCGGGCUAAUCAACAUCGGCUCCUCCGUCGCCUUCAACGCCAUCGUCUCGCUCGUCGUUUCCGCUUAUUUAUCCUCCUACUUCAUCCCCAUCGCACUCAUGAUCCGCAAACGCCUCCGCCACGAACCCAUCCGCUUCGGCCCCUGGAAUCUCGGCCGCUGGGGCUUACCGGUGAAUUGCGUCGCGGCGGUGUAUACGCUGGUGACGGUGGUGUUUACGUUUUUCCCGCCAAGCGUGCCAGUGGAUGCGCAGACGAUGAAUUAUAGCUGUGCCGUGUAUGGGGGCGUGGUGGUGUUGGGGUUGGUGUAUUAUGUGCUGAGGGGGCAUAAGUUUUAUGUUGGGCCGAGUACGGAGAUGGUGGUGGGGGAGUGA